CAAUAGAUGUUAUUUUCAUCUUUCUCCACUACACUCACAAAUUCUUUCACCACCUCCAUUAUACCUCUCUUUCCCACAAACAUCUAUUAAUUCCUUCUCACCCUCAUAUCUCACACAAACACACAUACACUACUCAUAAAAUAAUCAACUAUACACUAUUCACUCACCAUGUCCAUCUCAAUGCAAAACGACACCGUUCAAGCCUCCUCAUCUUCAUCAAGACCUGGUGCCACCGCCGAUCACCCAUCGGUGGUAGCUCCUUUAAGCCGCUACGAAUCGCAAAAGAAACGUGACUGGAACACGUUUGGACAGUACUUAAGAAACCAAACACCUCCGGUUUCUUUGUCUCAGUGCAACUUCAACCAUGUGCUUGAGUUUCUUCGUUACUUGGAUCAAUUUGGAAAGACUAAGGUUCACUUACACGGUUGUAUCUUUUUCGGACAACCCGAUCCGCCUGCGCCGUGCACUUGUCCGUUGAGACAAGCUUGGGGGAGUCUCGAUGCACUCAUCGGACGCCUUAGAGCCGCUUACGAAGAACACGGUGGUUCGCCGGAGAAUAAUCCGUUCGGAACUGGAGCUAUUCGAGUUUAUCUUCGGGAAGUUAAGGAGUGUCAAUCAAAAGCUAGAGGGAUUCCUUACACAAAGAAAAAGAAGAAGAGGAGUCAAAUUAAGGGCACUCAUAAUAAUUCUUCUAAGUCCUUCAAGCAAUUAGCUUCAUGAGAUUCAUAGGCCACAGGAAUGACUUACUUGGAUUGGGAACUACAAGUAUCAUAUGCACUUCAUCUACUGAUAAUUCAUCACAGGAAAACAUUGGUAGAUCCCAAUUUGUAAAACAGAAGAACAGAAAAAUAAUCUUUUUAAAGCAAGUUUGUUCUGAGUAAGUCUUAAAUAUAUGUACAACAACCUUGUAACUUGUAAGUUUCUUACAUAUUAGACCUCAUCUUCAACCAUGCAACUUUUCUCCACUA